AUGAGACUUGCUCAAAUUCUCUCUCUUUUCUUGUUUAUUAGAUUUGCUCUGGUGCAUGGAGUCACCAGCAAUGCCAAGCAUUACAUUGUUUACAUGGGGAAACACUCUCAUCCCAACUUGGAAUCUGUUAUCAGAGCUAACCAUGAGAUGCUUGCUUCAGUUACUGGAAGUUUGGAAGGGGCGAAGGAAGCUGCACUUCACCAUUACAGUAAAAGCUUCAGAGGUUUCUCAGCCAUGCUUACACCAGAACAAGCUAAAAAAUUUGCAGAGAGCGACUGGGUUGUUUCUGUGUUCGAAAGCAGGACGAAUAAGGUUCAUACCACACGUACAUGGGGUUUUCUAGGACUAGACUCCAUUGAACAAUAUAGGCAGCUUCAGAUGGAAUUCUCAUCCAACGUUAUUGUUGGUGUCAUCGACACUGGAAUUUGGCCUGAAUCAGAGAGCUUUAGCGAUGAAGGAUUGGGUCCUGUGCCUGGAAAAUUCAAGGGAGAAUGCGUACCUGGAGAACAGUUUGCAUUGUCUAACUGCAAUAGGAAAAUCAUAGGUGCAAGGUUCUAUUUCAAGGGGUUUGAAGCAAAAUAUGGGCCUCUUGAAUCUCUCAACAGCUCUUUCUUCCGGUCAGCUCGAGACAGUGAUGGUCAUGGAACCCACACUGCCUCAACCAUUGCAGGAUCAGUUGUAGCAAAUGCAAGCUUAUUUGGCAUGGCCAGAGGCACUGCAAGAGGUGGUGCACCUGGUGCCAGGCUUGCAAUCUACAAAGCUUGUUGGUUUAACCUUUGUACUGAUGCUGAUAUUCUUUCUGCUAUGGAUGAUGCUAUUAGUGAUGGUGUUGAUAUCCUCUCUCUUUCCUUUGGCCCUGAUCCACCGCAACCUUCAUACUUUGAAGAUGCAACCUCGAUUGGAGCUUUCCAUGCAUUCGAAAAUGGAGUUCUGGUUUCUGCCUCAGCUGGAAACUCCAUUUUUCCAGGUACUGCAACCAAUGUUGCUCCUUGGAUCCUCACAGUUGCCGCAAGUUCUGUGGACAGGGUAUUCAACUCCAAUAUACUUCUCGGAAAUUCCAAGGUCUUGAAGGGUUUCUCUUUAAACCCUCUGAAAAUGGAAACCUCAUAUGGUUUGAUAGCGGGGAGUGCAGCAGCUGCCAAAGGAAUUACACCAGAAAAUGCUAGCUUUUGCAAGAAUAAUACUCUAGAUGCUACUUUAAUUAAGGGGAAGAUUGUGGUGUGCACAAUUGAGACAGUAACCGAAAACCGACGAGAGAAAAGCAUAUUUAUAAGACAAGGUGGUGGUGUAGGGAUGAUACUUAUUGAUCCAUCUGCGAAAGAGGUUGGCUUCCAGUUUGUGCUCCCAGGCACUCUGAUUGGUCAAGAAGAAGCUACAAUGCUACAAAACUAUAUGGCGACUGAAAAGAAUCCUGUUGCCAGAAUCUACCCAACAAUAACGGUUCUGAACACUAAACCUGCACCGGCAAUGGCUGCAUUUUCUUCCAUGGGACCAAAUGUUAUAACUCCAGACAUCAUUAAACCAGAUAUUACAGGACCUGGAUUGAAUAUUCUGGCAGCAUGGUCUCCUGUAGCGAUAGAAGCCACAGCUGAACGGUCUGUCAACUACAACAUUAUCUCUGGAACCUCCAUGUCUUGUCCUCAUAUUUCUGCAGUUGCUGCAAUCAUAAAAUCUACCCAAACUUCAUGGAGUCCAGCAGCCAUAAAGUCUGCAAUAAUGACAACAGCUACUGUCCUUGAUAACACCGAACACCUGAUUGGAAGAGAACCAACUGGCACCAAGACUACACCUUUUGAUUAUGGAUCUGGACACAUAAACCCAACAAAGGCACUGGAACCUGGUCUAAUUUAUGACUUCGAUUCCAGUGACAUCAUCAAUUUUCUUUGUAGUACAGGUGCAAGCCCUGCACAACUGAAAAACCUUACUGGGCACCCAACUUAUUGCCAAAACUCUUCUAUACCAUCCUAUAAUUUAAAUUAUCCCUCAAUUGGUGUGUCCAGCAUGAAUGGAAGUUUAUCUGUUCAUCGAACAGUUACAUAUUAUGGUAAAGGUCAGACGGUUUAUGCUGCAUAUAUAGAGCAUCCAGUUGGUGUUAGAGUUACAGUUACACCUUCAAAACUUUGCUUUACAAAGAAUGGAGAGAAGAUGUCCUUCAGGGUUGAUUUCACCCCCCACAAGAACAGUAAUGGAAGUUUUGUCUUUGGUGCUUUGACAUGGAGCAAUGACAUUCAUAAUGUCAGAAGUCCUAUAGGUCUCAAUGUGAUCUCCGUGUAGGGAUAAGCUAUUAUUGUA